CGUCUGCGUGUCUUUGGACGCGCCCCCCUGUCACCAGCAGCCCCAGCCUCCCACAUGCAAGCGCCCGUGGGUUUUCUUAUCACAAUCCAUGACACCCAGCAAGUGAGCACAGAGCCUCAAUCCGCCGCACACAGGAGCCCAUCUCCCUUCCUCCCACCCCCGAGAACCGCCAGCCCCGCGCAAACGGUCAAUCACGCCCGCGACCAUGGCGCUCCUACAGAUGAAGGCGCCUGUUGACUAUCAGGUGCAACAGACCGCUUUCGAGAGCUUCCUAUCCGACUUCAAGGCGUCCCCCCAAGAAACCAUCACCCAUGCGCUAGGCAGCAUCAACAUCGACGAGGACGACCUGAGCGAGGACGAGUAUGACUUUAUGGACGAGGACGAUAAUGCGCGGCAGCAGCGCCUGCGCGAGAAGGCCCAGCAACGGGCGGGACCCCGCCACAAGUACCGCGACAUGCUCCAGCAGCUCGCCGAUCGGAAACUCAGCGAGUUUGUGAUCGACCUGGACGACCUCUACUCGUACGAGCAGGACCUGAACGAGGGGCUCAAGCUGGUAGAGUGCGUCGAGAGCAAUACGAAGCAUUACGUGGAGAUCCUGUCGCGGGCAAUCGACAAGCUCAUGCCGGCGCCGAGCGACAACAUCACCUUCAAGGACGACGUGCUCGACGUGCUGAUGGCGAACCGAAUGCAGCGCAACCAGAUGCUGGCAGGCAUUGCCGACAGGGAAUCAGAUCCCACCAUCCUGAACGACCAGUACCCGGCACAGCUCACCCGGCGAUACACGCUGGUCUUCAAGCCGAGGACCCCGACCCCUGAGAACCAGCUGAAGGCGCUGUCUGUGCGCCAGGUGCGCGGCGACCACCUCGGCCGUCUCAUCACCAUCCGCGGUAUUGCGACGAGGGUUUCCGACGUCAAGCCCAUCGUCCAGGUCAGCGCCUACACCUGCGACCGCUGCGGUUGCGAGAUCUUCCAGCCCGUGACCGACAAGCAGUACGGGCCCCUCACCGUGUGCCCGUCCAAGGACUGCGAGGAGAACCAAGCCAAGGGCCAGCUGUACCCUUCGUCAAGAGCGUCCAAAUUCUUGCCCUUCCAGGAGGUCAAGAUCCAGGAGCUGGCCGAGCAAGUGCCCAUCGGCCAGAUCCCGAGGACUCUGACUGUCCUGUGCUACGGCAGCCUGGUCCGGCAGAUCAACCCCGGCGACAUCGUCGAUGUCGCUGGCAUCUUCCUCCCCACUCCUUACACGGGCUUCAAGGCGCUGCGCGCCGGUCUUUUGACCGACACCUACCUCGAGGCGCACCACGUAGUGCAGCACAAGAAGGCGUACGAAGACAUGGAGAUCGACCCCCUCAUGGCCCGGAGAAUUGCCAGGUUCACGCAAUCAGGAAACCAGUACGAGUACCUAGCGAAGUCGAUUGCCCCGGAGAUCUACGGCCAUCUCGACGUCAAGAAGGCCCUCCUGCUGCUGCUGGUCGGCGGCGUGACCAAGGAAGUCGGGGACGGCAUGAAGAUCCGCGGCGACAUCAACAUCUGCUUGAUGGGUGACCCGGGUGUGGCCAAGUCGCAGCUGCUCAAGUACAUCUCCAAGGUCGCGCCGCGCGGCGUGUACACGUCGGGCCGCGGCAGCAGCGGCGUCGGUCUCACCGCCGCCGUGAUGCGCGACCCCGUCACCGACGAGAUGGUCCUCGAGGGCGGCGCCCUCGUGCUCGCCGACAACGGCAUCUGCUGCAUCGACGAGUUCGACAAGAUGGACGACAACGACCGCACCGCCAUCCACGAAGUCAUGGAGCAGCAGACCAUCAGCAUCUCCAAAGCCGGCAUCAGCACCAGGCUCAAUGCGCGCACCUCGAUCCUCGCGGCGGCCAACCCGCUCUACGGGCGCUAUAAUACGCGCCUGUCCGCCGUCGAGAACAUCAACCUGCCCGCCGCCCUGCUCUCCCGCUUCGACAUCUUGUUCCUGCUGCUCGACACGCCCACGCGCGAGACAGACGCGCAGCUCGCCAAGCACGUGGCCCACGUGCACAUGCACGGCCGGCACCCGGACCUGGGCACCGCGGACGGCGUGGUGUUCUCGCCGCAGGAGGUGCGGGCGUACGUGGCGCAGGCGCGCACGUUCCGGCCGGUCGUGCCGCAGGCCGUGUCCGAGUACAUGGUCAAGACGUACGUGCGGCUGCGCAACGCGCAGCGCCGCGCCGAGCAGCGCCGCCUGCAGGCCAACAACUUCGGCCACACGACGCCCCGCACGCUGCUCGGCGUCGUGCGCCUCGCCCAGGCGCUCGCCCGCCUGCGCUUCAGCAACACCGUCUCGCACGAGGACGUCGACGAGGCCCUGCGCCUCGUCGAGGCCAGCAAGGAGAGCCUGGCCACCGACGACCGCGCCCAGAGCGGCCGCCGCGCCAUGAACGCCAGCAGCAAGAUCUACAACCUCGUCAAGGGCCUGGCCGAUUCCGGCGCCUGCCGCCCGGACGAUGCCGACGACGACGACGAGGAGGACGACGGCGAGGGAGGCUACGGCAUCGAGCUGAGCAUGCGCAAGGUCAAGGAGCGCGUCAUUGCCAAGGGCUUCACCGAGAACCAGUGGCUGGCCGCGCUGGAGGAGUACACCGACCUGGAUGUCUGGCAAACGGCUGGCAACGGCACGCGGCUGGUGUUUGUCACUGCUGGCAACGCCGAGAGGGAGGGCAGCCAGGAGUUGUGAGCGCGUGGGGCUUGGUGUGGUCCCAUUUUUUCCCCUGUCUCUCUUAAUUUCGAGAUGUUACGGUUGCAUUCACACAUCGUUUGUUUGUCGGUUCUGUGUGUCUGCUUCAUCUG